AUGCUGACUGUGGGGAUCCAUAUCCCAGACAGCACUGGCAGUUUGGUACCGACGCUGCCAUGCCAGCAACUGCCUUUACCCCCAUGGCAGAUUGCGGUCAGGAGAGGGGUGAGUGACCUCAGCUGCCCUCUGGGGCUCUGCGUGGCAUCGCAGCCUCACCACGGGCUGGGGGAGCACAGACUGAGCACCAGAGCUGUGCCGGGCACUCCCUGGCUCAGGGCACUUUGUCCUCACGGCCACACCCGUUGCUUUCCACAGCCCUGGGAGCUGCUCCUCUGCAGCUCCUGUGCUGCACGAGGGACACACCGCCGUUGCUCCUACCUGAGUAACAGCACAACCGAAUGGGAGUGCAACGCCUGUGCUGGAGAGGGCACCGCCUCCAGCACCAGCUCAGGUCUUGCUGGCCUCGGCACCACCAGCCAGCAGGGACUGCAGCCAUCUCAAAGCUCUCUGACACCCGAGAGCAGCAGCUCCGGCACCACCAGCGAGCACGGACUGCCGCCACCCCAAGGCUCCACAGCACCAGAGAGCAGCAGCUCCACAACCACCAGCCAGGCACCAUCGGAGCCAGCUCACAGUUCCCGCGUGCCUGAGAGCAGCGGCCUGUCCAUCCAGCGCAGGACGGACCGCAGGAGAGGCAUGCCACAUCUACAGAGGGAUGAAAACACCUUUAAUGAGUCCAGAAGACACCGUAGAAGAAUCCAUAAUGCUGCCCCAAUUGCUGAGAGCAGCACCUCAGACUCUGCCAGCCAGGGGGACAUCUCGGUCCUCGAGGCGCUGCCCUGCACUGGGAUACAACCUCAGGUGCAGGCAGGGACAGCGGGCCCGGACAAGAAGCCGCUCUCCGUUGCGGCGCCGGGCCCCAGAAUCUCCGAGCCGGCCCCAGAGACACCUUGGGAGCAGGCAGACACCAAGCCCAGGUGCUCAGAGCUGCAGCUACACCACACCGGCAGCACCGGGGUCCUCCAGGGCUUCCAGAACAGCCGACAGAAGCCCAUCCAGACAUCCAGCGCGGGCCCGGACUCGAAGCCGCUCGCCUCUCCAUCGUCGGGCUGCGGAGACCGACAGCCAGCCCCGAAGACGCCGCACGAGCCGGUCCAGGCGGCGAGGGCCAGCCCAGGGGCGGAGCCGCUCCCGGGUAUCACGUCGGGCCCGGCGCAUCACCAGCCGGCCCCGCUGAUGCCGCGGAGCAGCAGGUGCAAACCUACCAAGCUGGCACCGAUCCUCAGAACCCUUAAGAUUUCACGAGUUCCCACCGACACCCCCCAGCUGCCCGCUACCCACGUACCUCAGGGCCACAAGCCCCCACGCGUCUGGGCAACACUACAUGCGACGCUGACAGCCGCCCAGGCGCCCGGACAGUCGACGCUGCCGAGGUGGCAGCGCAGAACGAGGCGGCUUGCAGAGGCAGAGGAGCGUGUUACGCGGAAUGAUCCCAAGCAUGAAGGUACCUCACACUGGUUGCAAGCUGAGGCCGUCGUCGCCUCGUGGGAGGGUCCGCGAUGUACACGUGGUGACGACGGGGAGAAGAGGACGACCGCAGACCACCUGAUCUGA